GUCAACCAAACUGUUGUUGGCUGUACUUUUGUAAGGCUUCGAAGACUCCACAUCUCUUCUUUCUCUGUCUGAACAAAUCUGAAACCACUUUUUCGUCUUCUUCCAUGAACAUGCACCGAAGCUACAAAAAAAACUUCAUCCGUUACGGAUUUUAAUUUAUAAGAGUAGAGAUUUGUGGAUUAUGUAUCAUCUAUACAUCAGCUGUUUUCUUGGUUUUUAAAAAUGAAUUUUAGCGGUUUUCUCCAUCACGACGACGACAAUUCCUCCGGUGGUGGAAACGAUUUCUCUUCCGCCGCUAUGUCCGGUGGUCUCGUUAAAUCUAUAUUCUCUUCUCCCCGUCUCUCUCUUGGCCUCCAGCAAACGAAUGGAGAAGCCACAAGAACCGGCGAGAGUUUCGAGGUGAGUGUUAGUCGGAGAAGUCCGGAGAGCAGAUCUGGAAGCGAUAACGCCGAAGCACUCUCCGGCGACGAUGACUUUGACGCUUCUGAUAGACCUUUGAAAAAGAAGAAACGUUACCACCGACAUACUCCUCAACAAAUUCAAGAACUCGAAUUGGUUUUCAAGGAGUGUCCUCAUCCCGAUGAGAAACAACGGCUAGAUCUUAGCCGUCGGCUUAACUUGGAUUCUCGACAAGUCAAGUUCUGGUUCCAAAACCGCCGUACUCAGAUGAAGACGCAAAUUGAGCGCCAUGAAAACUCUUUAUUGAGGCAAGAGAACGAUAAGCUCCGAGCAGAGAACAUGUCUGCACGAGAAUUGUGGUCAUAUGAAUGA